AUGAGAGUUGGCAUUCCUGGAGAGUGCCUGGUCAUGCUUAUCUGCACAGCUGGGCCCUGUUGGGAGCGGUCACGUGGGCAGGAGGCAAGACGUGUGGGGCAGGCUCAGCGCAUGUCAGGUCAGGAAAACCUCCUGGACAAGAUGGCUGAGUGCCGGCCUUCUCCAGAGACCACGGAGCCAGGGGGAACCUUCAGGCGCAGCAACGAGGGGCUCGGAGGAAACGUGAGAAGAACAGAUUCCUCUCCUGGGAUCUCAGGGUCUGGGUGGCUGUUUGGCCAGCCCUUGUUCCUGCUUAACUCUUGGGGCCUUCUUGGUUCUAAGUCACCCCUUCCCACUGAGGAUCUUUUCAGGUUACCCUAUCCCACUGAAGACCAAGAAGUGUGA